UUAGUUGCCUGAAAUGCGUUUAGCGUUGAAGAUGUAUCAAUUAUUUUUAUAAUUUUAGCAAUAAACUCAGUCUUAUUAUUAGUCAAAGGCAACUCAACAACCCGAUUAAAUGUAGUAGAACCUAGAAUCGUUGGCGGAGAAGAAGUUAAUAUAGAAAACUUCUCAUAUCAAGUGUCGUUACAGUAUGCAGAACAACACUUUUGUGGAGGUAGCCUAAUUUUACCCAACACAGUUUUAAGCGCAGCACAUUGUUUUGGAAAUGAUUAUGCAAGUUUAAACAGGCUAUUUACAGUAAAAGUUGGAACCAAUAAAACUAGUGGAACUGACGGUCAAACUAUUCAGAUGUGUUCAGUAAAAAUACACAAAAGUUACAAUUCAAGUACUAUUGAUUACGAUGUUUCCAUAGUAAAGUUAUGUUCAAAUGCAACUUUAAAUACAAGAGUACAAACAAUAAGACUUUCUGAAAAAGAUAAUUAUACUGAAAAUAGUUACGCUACCGUUAGUGGUUGGGGAUAUGAAGUCGAGAACGGUAAUCUGUCAUCAGCACUUCGAGCUGUAUCUGUACCGAUUACUUCCAGAACAUACUGUACCAAUGCAUAUAGUAGAGUGAUAAGUAUAACAAGAAAUAUGAUCUGUGCUGGUUAUAGCGAAGGAGGAAAAGACGCUUGUCAGGGAGACAGUGGUGGUCCAUUAGUUCAGAAUAAUACUCUUAUUGGAGUUGUGAGUUUUGGAAUGGGCUGUGCGCAGAAAUCUUAUCCUGGAGUAUACUCGAAUGUUGCCAAUUUAAUAAGUUGGAUUGCCAAAAAUUCUGAUUAUGUACCAACCAACAGUGCUCCGAAGAUAUACACUGUUUGGUGGUUUUACGUUUUCUGUUCAUUGUUGUAUUUAUGUGUAUAUAAUAUUUAAAUAAAUAUAAUUUAUAAUA